GACUUUGCAAACUCUGCAAACGUCCCUAGCUAAUCUUGGAGGCUCCUGGCUGCGGGAGGGCUCCCGCAGACUCACAGACCCCUCGCGCCUUCGCCCAGACAUCCUCUAACAGCGCCACCCGCAGAGCAUCCCCGCGCGAAACGCGCGCCCAGGAGUUGUCGCGGGGCCACUUGGCCCCUGGAAGGCUGUGGACCUUCGGUCCGGGAAACCCGCAUCCAGGAAAGCCUGGCGACCUACUGCGCCAGGGACGGCCUGGGGGCGCCAGAGGAGCGGGUCCGGCUACCGCGGAGGACAUGGCGUCUUGGCUCUGGAGGAAGCUGCAUGGCAAGAGGCGGCUGGUGAUGGCCUUCUGCCUCUUGAUGACUCUGUCUGUGGUGGCUGUCACUCGCUUCCCUGCACAGCAUCCAGCCGCCAUGGAGCCCUGGGGGGUAACCGGCAUCCCUGCCCCCCACAGCCUGCGGGCUCUGAGCUCCCGCCGGAGGCAACAGGCAAGAAACCUGCGGUUCUGGAGAGGCCGGACCCUGCUCAGGAAUUCCAGCCUGGUGCGUGCUGAGCAGCAAGGCCACAGAGGGCGAGCGGACAGCAGCAAGCAGGCCCCGGGAGGGGACAGCAGCCGUUUAGGGAGGGUCAGGAGGGAUAUUACUUUGGCAUCUCUAGGAGAUUUGAGACUCGGUACCCAGAGUCUUAUGCUCUCAAGGGACGAUGAGGUCAGAGGUCUGAGUGCCAAAGAUCGGGGCCACCCCUGGGGUGCUGGGCCCAUCCAGGAGGCUCAGAGAGAGACAGGCACCCUGGUUGGCCCCCUCGCAGAACACCAGAGAGCUACUGCUGGACCGACCCUCAGGCCCCAUCCAGGGGAAGGCAGGGAUCUGCCAGGAGCUGGGAAUGGAGACUUGACUGGCGGGAGACAAGCAAAAAAAGAUCCCACCCCGGCCACAGGGGCUCGUCGGUGGCCUGGCUCCGUUGGGGAGCUGCAAGGAUCCAUCUGGUGUGCCUCUGAGACUGCUGGGCUGUUGACUGGCUUGAGGACCGGCGGGCAGGUGCCCCCAUGGCUCACAGAGCACGAUGUGCAGACCCUCCAGCUGUUGGCCCAGGGCAAGGUGGUGGGCAAAGCCAGGGUCCCUGGCCAUGGGCAAGUGCUGCAGGUCGGCUUCUCCACCGAGGGCGCCCUUCAGGAUGUGUCUCCUGGACUCAGCCAGCUCUGCUCCCAGGGGCUCUGUGGCCUGAUCAAGAGGGCUGGGGACCUGUCCGAGGUCCUGUCCUUCCACGUGGACCGAGUGCUGGGGCUGCGUCGGAGCCUGCCUGCGGCGGCCCGGCACUUCCACAGCCCCCUACUGCCCUACCGCUACACAGACGGCGGUGCGAGGCCCGUCAUCUGGUGGGCGCCCGACGUGCAGCACCUGGGGGACCCAGACGACGAUCAGAACUCUCUGGCCUUGGGCUGGCUGCAGUACCAGGCCCUGCUGGCACAAGGCUGUGGCCGGCCAGGCCAGGCCCGCUGCCCGGGCAUCCGCCACGCCGAGUGGGCACGCCUGGCACUCUUCGACUUCCUGCUGCAGGUCCACGACCGCCUGGAUCGCUACUGCUGUGGCUUCGAGCCGGAGCCCUCGGCGCCCUGUGUGGAAGAGGGACUGCGGGAGAAGUGUGGGAACCCCGGGGAGCUGCGGCUGGUCCACAUCCUGGUCCGGAGCGGUGAUCCAUCUCAUCUGGUCUACAUCGAUAACGCUGGCAACCUUCAGCACCCUGAGGACAAGCUGAACUUCCGGCUGCUGGAGGGCAUAGAUGGGUUUCCUGAGUCUGUCGUGAAGGUUCUCCAGUCAGGUUGUCUACAGAAUAUGCUGCUCAAGUCGCUGCAGACAGACCCGGUGUUCUGGGAAAGCCAAGGCGGGCGACAGGGGCUGAAGCAGGCUCUCCAGACCCUGGAGCGGCGAGGACAGGUCCUGCUGGAACACAUCCAGAAGCACAACCUGACUCUCUUCAGGGAUGAGGACCUGUGAGUCCCCCACUGCCCAGGCAGGGCUGUUGCUUCACUGGUGGGGUGCUCACAACACGACCUGAGUGGACGAGCAUCCAUCCUGAUGGCCACACGUCCUUGAGUUCGACUAUCUUGAAGACAAAUGGGAAAAGCCAGAAACCGGAAGAGCACCAUGGAUGUCGUGGGAUGUGUCACCUGCUUGGGAUGGUGGAGGUGGUUGUGGGUGUUGGGUUUUCAAUCUCCCACAUUCCUUUUCCACCUUCUCCGCUCUGGCUGUUUACUCCCUGGCACCA